AUGGGAACGAGGACUUGCGCGAGUUCGCGGAAGAGGCUGAAUGGCUCAAAAAAUGACUUUCUUGGCCGUCUUGAAUGUGACAAGAACCGCGAGGUGUUGUCUGGAAACUUGUUCACCGGGGAGGUUGUGACCGAAGAUUUCUUCGACGCACCGAAGCACGGCAAAUACGGGGCCUGGCAUGCGAAACUGAGGAGUGUCAUCGUGCAAUUGACAUGUGGGUAUCGAUUGGGCCGCUCGGCUAACUUUCUCGAGGCAUAUUACGCACUGUCUGCGGUGGAGGUUGAGCUUUUGAUUUGUCACCACCUCCACUGCAAGGUUGCAAGAAAUGGGAGAGCCACAAGAGCUGCUGAGAAGAGUGGAGGCAUAGGAGCCUCGGCGAAAGAGCGGCCGUGCCGGCUCGUUUUCUUCCAUCAAACGCCAAAGGGGCGGGAGGAAACCAUGGAUAUGUUCAUGGCAGCUAUCACCAGGAAUGGUUGUGGGCGCCUGGUAGACGCCAUCAAGAAAUAUGACGCCGACUUCAUAUGGGGCCAGCACAAGAGCCACGCUGAUGAGGGAAAAGUCUUUACAAGCGAAACCAUCAUUUUCCAGCUUCGCCAUGAGAGUGUUGCCAGCCUCUUGCUGCCCAUGCUUAAUCUCGUCGUUAGUGUUGCCGAACAGGAUCGCUCGAGGGUUUACAUGGACCAUGAAAUAGAGGGCGCGGAGGUCGUGGACUGGUGGGUAGUGAUGGCACUGGUGGGCGAUUGUUUGUCAAGAAGCACUAUGGAGGGCUAUUGGACAAAUCGUUCGGUCCAUUGGGANAACUGGUGGGUAGUGAUGGCACUGGUUGAGCGAUUGUUUGUCAAGAAGCACUAUGGAGGGCUAUUGGACAAAUCGUUCGGUCCAUUGGGAACGGACGGAGAGCUCCUGACCGAGUAUGUAUUUGGCGUGGACUCCGUCAUUAAGGACGAGCUGUCUUGGCAGAUGAGGACGUCGAACGAGGCGUUGAGGAAGUGGAAGAAGGCCAAAAAACCAGCUAGUACCCAGGAGGCUGCACUUACUACGGUGGCACCGCCCCUUGCACCCACUUCUUCGGCCGGGGCUGCACCUGCGGCCGCUGCUGCCGCCGGGAAGAAUCCGAAGAAAAUCAAACAGGGCCAGACACAGGGCCAGCGCGCGACGUACGCGCCAAAGACAGGGGCGACAAAAAAUGAUGCAGUGUAUCCCUACAUAAUCAGGCCAGCACACCGCAACGGGAAACUUCAUAUGGUGUGGACGUUGCAAGAUAUAGAAACAGCCGACUUCCAACCCGGGGAAUGGUUUGUUGGUUUAGGGCUGUCACGGGGACGUGCCCAGGCGGGGUUGAACAAGACAGUUGGUCUUGCCGAGAAACAGGUCGAUGGCGUCAUGUGGACGUCUUGGCAGCAGCUAGACGAGUAG